CACCAUGCCGGCAUGCUGCGGUCGGACCGCAGUCUGAUGGAGAGCAUGUUCUCCAAAGGCCACCUCAAGGUGCUGGUCUGCACGGCCACGCUGGCCUGGGGAGUCAACCUGCCGGCUCACGCUGUCAUCAUCAAGGGAACUCAAAUCUACGAUGCAAAGCGUGGCACUCUGGUGGAUCUGGGGAUCCUGGACGUCAUGCAGAUUUUCGGGCGUGCUGGUCGUCCUCAGUUCGAUAAGUACGGCGAGGGAACCAUCAUCACCACCCACGACAAACUGAGCCACUACCUGACCCUGCUCACCCAGCAGAACCCCAUCGAGAGCCAGUUCCUGGACAGUCUGGCCGACAACCUCAAUGCCGAGGUGGCUCUGGGGACGGUCACUAACGUGGAGGAGGGGGUGAAGUGGCUCAGUUAUACUUACCUGUACGUCCGCAUGAGGGCCAACCCGCUGGCAUACGGCAUCAACCACAAAGCCUAUCAGACGGAUCCGUCGUUGGAGCUGUACAGGAAGGAGCUGGUGGUGGAGGCCGGCAGGAAGCUGGAUAAAGCCAGAAUGAUCCGCUUUGAGGAGAGAACUGGGUACUUUGCCUCCACCGACCUCGGCAGGACCGCCAGCCACUUCUACAUCAGAUACAACACCAUCGAGACUUUCAACGAAAGCUUUAACUCUCAGCGAACUGAAGGCGACAUCCUCAGCAUCGUGUCCAAGGCCGAGGAGUUUGAGCAGCUGAAGGUUCGCGAUGAGGAGAUGGAGGAGUUGGAGCAGCUGCUGUGUAACUACUGCGAGCUGCCGGCUGCAGGCGGCGUGGAGAACAGCUACGGGAAGAUAAACGUUCUGCUUCAGACGUACAUCAGCAGGGGAGAGGUGGACAGCUUCUCCCUCAUCUCAGACCUGUCCUAUGUGGCUCAGAACGCCGCUCGGAUCGUCAGGGCUUUGUUUGAGAUCGCCUUGAGGAAGAAAUGGCCGGCCAUGACGUACCGCCUGCUCACGCUCUGUAAGGUGAUCGAUAAGAGGCUGUGGGGCUUCUCCCACCCGCUCCGUCAGUUCUCCAACCUGAGCCACGUCGUGCUGAACCGCCUGGAGGAGAAGAAGCUCACUGUGGACAAACUCAAGGAAAUGAAGAAGGAUGAGAUCGGUCACAUGCUGCAUCAUGUCAACAUCGGACUAUCAGUCAAACAGUGUGUCCACCAGAUCCCCUCCAUCACCAUGGAGGCCAGCAUCCAGCCAAUCACACGCACCGUCCUGCGCGUACGCCUCAUCAUCACACCGGACUUUCGAUGGAACGACCAG